UCUGGUGCUUCUAGGAUAUCCAUAUCAGGAUAAUAAUUGUUAACAUAACAACAUACAUUGAUAGUGAUCUGUAAAUAGCUGAUGAUAUCAGUAAUAACACAAUAAUGUAUUGGUUUUACAGGGUGUUGCAGGAGAACAUUUUAGAGACAUCUUUGUCCUGAGGCAGACAGAGAAAGAUUAACUUUGAUCCUGUUUGUGGCUCCAUUUCGUUUUUAAAAAACAUAGAUGGAUGAACCAGAUGCAGCUGGUCCAGGAGGACAAAAAGGCUGUGAUGGCCUCAGAGCUGAGAAUAGUGGAGGAUUCUGGGAGAGGACAGUCCAGAGGUCUUUAGGAGAGGACCUGGCCAGCUCAGACACACAGCACCAGCUCUUCAGGCAGUUCUCCUAUGGGGAUGGAGAGGGCCCCCGAGACGUUUGCAGCCAACUCCACCAUCUCUGCUGUCAGUGGCUGAAGCCAGAACGACACACAAAAAACGAGAUCCUGGACCUGGUGAUCUUGGAGCAGUUCCUGACUAUUUUGCCCCCAGAUGUGGAAAACUGGGUCAGAGAAUGUGGGCCAGAGACUUGUUCCCAGGCGGUGGCCCUGGCAGAGGGUUUCCUCCUGAGUUGGGCAGAGGCAGAGAAGAAGCAGAAAGAGCAGCAGGUCAAAAACCUCUUGGCAGACAUUAACUCUGAAUCCCCUGUGGCAGAGAAAGCUCUAUUGGACCGCAGGCAGAGUCCCCAAUGGAGGGCAACCCAACAGGAGCACAAUGAGGGGAGGCUCUUGCAAGGUGUGCAUAGGUCCAAGAUGGUCUCCAAACGAGGGAAGAGAGAAGAAUCUACACCAAAUUCCUCCUCCAUGGAAGAAACUGGAAGAAAGGUGACCUUUAGAGAUGUCACUGUGUACUUCACAAAAGAGGAAUGAAAACUGUUGGAUCGGAGGCAGAGAUUUUUGUAUGAGCAGGUGAUGACAGAAAACUAUGAGAAUGUGUCCUCUGUUGAAGAAGUUGUGAUUCAUCAGAGAAUCCACAUGGAAAAAAACCCAUAUAAAUGCCAGCAGUGUGGAAAAUGUUUUGCUCACAAAUCAGCUCUUGUGUGUCAUCAGAACGUCCACGCUGGAGAGAAGUCAUACAAAUGCCAGCAGUGUGGAAAAUGUUUUGUUCAGCAGUCACAUCUUCAGCAUCACCUGAGAGUCCACACAGGAGAGAAACCACACACAUGCCAGCAGUGUGGGAAAUGUUUUGCUCACAAGACACACCUUCAAUAUCACCUGAGAGUCCAUAUAGGAGAAAAACCAUACACAUGCCAGCAGUGUGGAAAAUGUUUUGCUCGCAAGUCACACUUUCAGUGUCACCUGAAAGUCCAUACAGGAGAAAAACCAUACACAUGCCAGCAGUGUGGAAAAUGUUUUACUCGCAAGCCACACCUUCAGUGUCAUCUGAGAGUCCACACAGGAGAGAAACCAUACACAUGCCAGCAGUGUGGGAAAUGUUUUACUCGCAAGCCAUACCUUCUGAGUCAUCAGAAAGUCCACGUAGGAGAGAAACCAUACAAUUGCCAGCAGUGUUAAAAAUGCUUUGCUCAAAUGUCAGACCUCUUGAAACAUCAGAGAUGCCCCACAUGAGAGAAACCAUACAAAUGCCAGCAGUGUGGAAAAUGUUUUGCUUGGCAGUCAGAUUUUCAGGGUCAGCUGAAACCAUCAGGGAGAGAAACCAUACAAAUGUCAACAAUGUGGCAAGUGAUUUUCUUCAAGUAACAACCUUACACACUACCACCUCAACAUCUGUAGAGGAGAGAAGCUGUACAGAUGCCAGGACUGCAGAAAAUGUUUCUCAGAAUUCACACCUUUUGAGGCACCAUGAAGUCCACACUAGAGAAAAUGUGUAAAAAUGUGACCAAUGGAAUUUUUUUGUGAGGCGGACUCUAUAAAUACAGAUUGUGUUUUGUAAAGCUCAAUUAUAACCCUCUUUUAUACUAUUUCUGCAAUAAAGUUUGUGGUUUUAAAGUAUCUUUCCCUUACAGGAUCUUUCAAUAAAAUCUUUGAAUUAUUUGGAGCCUUUUGUACUCUUCAUUGCCCAUCCAGAAUCUGUGAAAGACAUCAUCAGUUAUGGAGCAUCAAUAUUUGUAUUAGUGUUAAUGACCUGAUGCCAGAAUUAAAUUGACUGGGGCCAUGAAGUAGGAUAUUGAAAAUGCAUUUCUGUUUGCUUUCUAGUCCUGCAUUGACAGGGAACAUUCACCAACUCCUGAGUCAAAAUGUGAUUUCCACCCCCAUCCUCUGGACUUGGAUCUGGGCUAGAAAGGAUCAAGUUUUAUUUGUGUUCAUGUCUAGCAACCUGUAUUUUUUCUUGCCUUUUUUAAUAUGGGGCAGUAGGGUCGCCAUACAUCAAGGCCUGGCCUUGAGCCUCCAAUUUUCAUGGAUCAUCUUCAGGCAGGAGAUGAGGGUGCUUGUUCUCCAGUAUUGGGAAGGCCAAUUCUGGGCAGCUGGGAGAGCAGCAGCUUAUUACAAUUUGCAAGGCUUAAUUCAUUGGUCAGGCCCCACAUGGAAUACUGUGUCCAGUUCUGGGCACCAGAAUUCAAAAAGGAUGUUGACAAAAUGAGGUGUAUCCAAAG